GAGCGAGCGAGAGAGGGAUUGUUGGAAGGAGAGAGUAUGAAAAUGGCGCCUACUCUGCAACUGACGACGGACUUCUCCAAAUCAACAAUUCACCUGAAACCAUCUCUUGAAUUCGCAACCACUCCUCGCCAUUUCCGGACCUCUCUAUCUAUACCUCGAGCUUCUUCUUCGUCCUCCGAUUCUUCCCUCGUCAGUCGCAGACACUUCGUUUCUGAGACGGCGGCGCUGUCUCUAUCCCUCACCACUUUGCCGCUGUUCGGAUCCGUACUGCCGGCCAAGGCGGAGGAUCCCGCGCUUUCGGAGUGGGAGAAAGUUUCCCUUCCUAUCGACCCAGGGGUCGUCCUCCUCGACAUUGCUUUUGUACCCGAGGACCCCAAGCAUGGUUUUCUUUUGGGGACCAGGCAAACCCUUUUAGAGACGAAGGAUGGCGGAGAAACUUGGGUUCCACGUUCGAUUCCGUCAGCGGAAGAUGAAGAUUUUAAUUACAGAUUCAAUGCCAUAAGCUUCAAAGGGAAGGAGGGUUGGAUUGUUGGAAAGCCUGCAAUUCUUUUGCACACUUCUGAUUCCGGAGAUAGCUGGGAACGGAUACCGUUAAGCUCUCAGCUUCCUGGAGAUAUGGUGUAUAUAAAGGCAACUGGUGAGAAGAGUGCAGAGAUGGUGACUGACGAAGGUGCAAUUUAUGUGACAUCAAAUAGAGGCUACAACUGGAGGGCUGCUGUUCAGGAGACUGUUUCCGCUACCCUUAAUAGAACAGUGUCUAGUGGAAUUAGUGGUGCAAGUUACUACACCGGAACUUUUAAUUCUGUGAAUCGCUCACCCGAUGGAAAAUAUGUUGCUGUCUCAAGCCGUGGUAACUUCUAUCUCACUUGGGAGCCUGGCCAGCCAUACUGGCAGCCACAUAACAGAACAGUUGCAAGAAGAAUUCAAAACAUGGGAUGGAGAGCUGAUGGUGGUCUUUGGCUCCUUGUUCGUGGAGGGGGACUUUAUCUGAGCAAAGGUACCGGGUUAACUGAGGAUUUUGAAGAAGUUCCAGUCCAAAGCCGGGGUUUUGGCAUUCUUGAUGUCGGGUACCGAUCAAAGGAUGAGGCUUGGGCAGCUGGGGGAAGUGGGAUCUUACUGCAAACUACCAAUGGUGGCAAGACAUGGACACGUGACAAAGCAGCGGACAAUAUUGCAGCGAAUCUAUACUCUGUAAAGUUUAUUGAUGACAAAAAAGGAUUUGUGCUGGGGAAUGACGGGGUCUUGCUUCGGUAUCUUGGAUAAAGUUUUAAUCUACGCACGGUUUAAGAAUGGUGCUUUUGCAAUUUUGUACUCGUGACAUAGCACAUAAAUGAUCGAUCAGGUAUCCAAAGCUGCGAAGUGGAGAGGGGUCAAUGCCUCAUUCAUUUCAUAUUGUAAUUUUUCUGUAAUUAUUACCUUCCGCGGACUCAUACUUUGCAAUAUGUUUUUACACGCUCACUGUAAGAGAAUUUGUAUGAGCCAUUUGAAAGGGAUCUAUCCAUCCAUUGAUGACUUCUUAGGUAAAUUUUUAGAGAGUUUUAACUUAAAGUCCGCGGUACUGUUCAGUUUCAUGAAAAACCACAUUUUAACACUAAAAAGUCA